AUGACGGAUGCUCAGAUGGCCGAUUUCGGGGAGGCAGCCCAGUACCUCCGCAAGUCCGAAAAGGAGCGUCUAGAGGCUCAAACCCGGCCCUUUGACAUCCGCACUGAGUGCUUUGUGCCUGAUGACAAGGAGGAAUUUGUCAAGGCCAAGAUAGUGUCCCGAGAGGGGGGCAAGGUCACUGCUGAAACAGAGAAUGGCAAGACAGUAACCGUGAAGGAGGACCAGGUGAUGCAGCAGAACCCUCCCAAGUUCGACAAGAUUGAGGACAUGGCCAUGCUGACCUUCCUGCACGAGCCCGCAGUGCUGUUCAACCUCAAGGAACGCUAUGCGGCCUGGAUGAUUUACACCUAUUCAGGCCUCUUCUGUGUCACUGUCAACCCUUACAAGUGGCUGCCAGUGUACAAUGCCGAGGUGGUGGCUGCCUAUCGGGGCAAGAAGAGAAGUGAGGCCCCACCGCACAUCUUCUCCAUCUCAGACAAUGCCUAUCAGUACAUGCUGACAGAUCGGGAGAACCAGUCCAUCCUCAUCACUGGAGAAUCCGGAGCAGGGAAAACUGUGAACACAAAGCGUGUCAUCCAGUACUUUGCCAGCAUUGCAGCCAUAGGUGACCGAAGCAAGAAGGACAGUCCUAAUGCAAGCAAGGGCACCCUGGAAGACCAAAUCAUCCAGGCUAAUCCUGCUCUGGAAGCCUUCGGCAAUGCCAAGACAGUCCGGAAUGACAACUCCUCCCGCUUUGGGAAAUUCAUCAGGAUCCACUUUGGAGCCACUGGAAAGCUGGCUUCUGCAGACAUAGAAACCUAUCUGCUAGAGAAGUCCCGGGUGAUCUUUCAGCUAAAGGCUGAGAGGAACUACCACAUCUUCUACCAGAUCCUGUCCAACAAGAAGCCAGAGCUGUUGGACAUGCUGCUGGUCACCAACAACCCCUACGACUAUGCCUUUGUGUCUCAGGGAGAGGUGUCUGUGGCCUCCAUCGAUGACUCUGAGGAGCUGUUGGCCACCGAUAGUGCCUUUGAUGUGCUGGGCUUCACCUCCGAGGAGAAAGCUGGUGUCUACAAGCUGACAGGUGCCAUCAUGCACUAUGGAAACAUGAAGUUCAAACAGAAGCAGCGGGAGGAGCAGGCAGAACCGGAUGGCACCGAAGAUGCUGACAAGUCUGCCUACCUCAUGGGGCUGAACUCAGCUGACCUGCUCAAAGGGCUGUGCCACCCACGGGUGAAAGUGGGUAACGAAUACGUCACCAAGGGGCAGAGUGUACAGCAGGUAUACUAUUCCAUUGGUGCACUGGCCAAGUCAGUGUACGAGAAGAUGUUCAACUGGAUGGUGACACGCAUCAAUGCCACCCUGGAGACCAAGCAGCCACGACAGUACUUCAUAGGAGUCCUCGACAUUGCUGGCUUCGAGAUCUUUGAUUUCAACAGCUUUGAGCAGCUGUGCAUCAACUUCACCAAUGAGAAGCUGCAGCAGUUCUUCAACCACCACAUGUUCGUGCUGGAGCAGGAGGAGUACAAGAAGGAGGGCAUCGAGUGGGAAUUCAUUGACUUUGGCAUGGACCUGCAGGCCUGCAUCGACCUCAUUGAAAAGCCCAUGGGCAUCAUGUCCAUCCUGGAGGAGGAGUGCAUGUUCCCCAAGGCCUCUGACAUGACCUUCAAGGCCAAGCUGUAUGACAAUCACCUGGGCAAGUCCAACAACUUCCAGAAGCCCCGCAAUGUGAAAGGGAAACAAGAAGCCCAUUUCUCCUUGGUGCACUAUGCUGGCACUGUAGACUACAACAUCCUGGGCUGGCUGGAAAAAAACAAGGACCCACUCAACGAGACAGUGGUGGGCUUGUACCAGAAGUCCUCCCUCAAGCUCCUGGCCACACUCUUCUCCUCCUAUGCUUCGGCUGACGCUGGGGACAGUGGUAAAGGCAAAGGAGGCAAGAAAAAGGGCUCAUCCUUCCAGACAGUGUCUGCUCUCCACCGGGAAAAUCUGAAUAAGCUAAUGGCCAACCUGAAGACUACUCAUCCUCACUUUGUACGCUGUAUCAUCCCCAAUGAACGGAAAUCACCAGGGGUGAUGGACAACCCCCUGGUCAUGCACCAGCUGCGCUGUAAUGGUGUGCUGGAGGGCAUCCGCAUCUGCAGGAAGGGCUUUCCCAACCGCAUCCUCUAUGGGGAUUUCCGGCAGAGGUAUCGCAUCCUGAACCCAGCGGCCAUCCCAGAGGGGCAGUUCAUUGACAGCAGGAAAGGGUCCGAGGCUCGCCGCAAGGAGCUGGAGGAGAAGAUGGUGUCCCUGCUGCAGGAGAAAAAUGACCUGCAGCUCCAAGUGCAGGCGGAACAAGACAACCUCAAUGAUGCAGAGGAGCGCUGUGACCAGCUGAUCAAGAACAAGAUCCAGCUAGAGGCCAAGGUCAAGGAGAUGACUGAGAGGAUGGAGGAUGAGGAGGAGAUGAAUGCAGAGCUCACUGCCAAGAAGCGCAAACUGGAAGAUGAAUGUUCUGAGCUCAAGAAGGACAUUGAUGACCUGGAGCUGACACUGGCCAAGGUGGAGAAGGAAAAGCAUGCAACAGAGAACAAGGUCAAGAAUCUGACAGAGGAGAUGGCUGGGCUGGAUGAGAUCAUUGCCAAGCUGACCAAGGAGAAGAAAGCUCUACAAGAGGCUCAUCAGCAGGCUUUGGAUGACCUUCAGGCUGAGGAAGACAAAGUCAACUCCCUGACCAAGUCUAAGGUCAAGCUAGAGCAGCAGGUGGAUGAUCUGGAGGGAUCUCUGGAGCAAGAGAAGAAGGUACGCAUGGACCUGGAGAGGGCAAAGAGGAAGCUAGAGGGUGACCUGAAGCUGACCCAGGAGAGCAUCAUGGACCUGGAGAAUGACAAGCUGCAAUUGGAAGAAAAGCUCAAGAAAAAAGAGUUCGACAUUAAUCAGCAGAAUAGUAAGAUCGAAGAUGAGCAGGCCCUGGCUCUCCAGCUUCAGAAGAAACUGAAGGAAAACCAGGCGCGCAUCGAGGAGCUGGAAGAGGAGCUGGAGGCUGAGCGCACUGCUAGAGCCAAAGUGGAGAAGCUGCGCUCAGACCUGUCUCGAGAGCUGGAGGAGAUCAGCGAGAGGCUGGAGGAGGCCGGCGGGGCCACAUCCGUGCAGAUCGAGAUGAACAAGAAGCGUGAGGCUGAGUUCCAGAAGAUGCGGCGCGACCUGGAGGAGGCCACGCUGCAGCACGAGGCCACGGCGGCGGCCUUGCGCAAGAAGCACGCAGACAGCGUGGCCGAGCUGAGCGAGCAGAUCGACAACUUGCAGCGGGUGAAGCAGAAGCUGGAGAAGGAGAAGAGCGAGUUCAAGCUGGAGCUGGAUGAUGUCACCUCCAAUAUGGAGCAGAUCAUCAAGGCCAAGGCAAACUUGGAGAAAGUGUCUCGGACCCUGGAAGACCAGGCCAAUGAGUACCGAGUGAAGCUGGAAGAGGCUCAGCGCUCCCUCAAUGACUUCACUACCCAGAGAGCCAAGCUGCAGACUGAGAAUGGAGAAUUAGCCCGACAACUGGAGGAAAAGGAGGCACUAAUCUCCCAGCUGACCCGAGGGAAACUCUCCUAUACCCAGCAGAUGGAGGACCUCAAGAGGCAGCUGGAGGAGGAAGGCAAGGCCAAGAACGCCCUGGCCCAUGCGCUGCAGUCGGCCCGGCAUGACUGUGAUCUGCUGCGGGAGCAGUAUGAGGAGGAGAUGGAGGCUAAGGCCGAGCUUCAGCGUGUGUUGUCCAAGGCCAACUCAGAAGUGGCCCAGUGGAGGACCAAAUAUGAGACAGAUGCCAUCCAGCGGACCGAGGAGCUGGAAGAAGCCAAGAAGAAGCUGGCCCAGAGGCUGCAGGAUGCUGAGGAAGCUGUGGAGGCUGUCAAUGCCAAGUGCUCCUCGCUGGAGAAGACCAAGCACCGGCUACAGAAUGAGAUCGAAGACUUGAUGGUGGACGUAGAGCGCUCCAACGCUGCUGCCGCAGCCCUGGACAAGAAGCAAAGGAAUUUUGACAAGAUCCUGGCUGAGUGGAAGCAGAAAUAUGAAGAAUCCCAGUCAGAGCUGGAGUCAUCACAGAAGGAGGCGCGCUCCCUGAGCACAGAGCUCUUCAAGCUCAAGAAUGCCUAUGAGGAGUCUCUGGAGCACCUGGAGACCUUCAAGAGGGAGAAUAAGAACCUUCAGGAGGAGAUCUCCGAUCUGACAGAGCAGCUGGGAGAAGGAGGAAAGAAUGUACACGAGCUGGAGAAGAUCCGCAAGCAGCUGGAGGUGGAGAAGAUGGAGCUGCAGUCAGCCCUGGAGGAGGCUGAGGCCUCCCUGGAGCAUGAGGAAGGCAAGAUCCUCCGUGCCCAGCUGGAGUUCAACCAGAUCAAAGCAGAGAUUGAGCGGAAGCUGGCAGAGAAGGAUGAGGAGAUGGAGCAGGCCAAGCGCAACCACCUUCGAGUGGUGGACUCUCUGCAGACCUCCCUGGAUGCAGAGACUCGCAGCCGCAAUGAGGCCCUGCGGGUGAAGAAGAAGAUGGAGGGUGACCUCAAUGAGAUGGAGAUCCAGCUCAGUCAGGCCAACAGAAUAGCCUCAGAGGCCCAGAAGCACCUGAAGAUUUCCCAAGCCAACCUGAAGGACACUCAGUUGCAGCUGGAUGAUGCAGUCCGUGCCAAUGACGACCUGAAGGAGAACAUUGCCAUUGUGGAACGGCGCAACAACCUGCUACAGGCAGAGCUGGAGGAGCUUCGGGCUGUGGUGGAGCAGACUGAGAGGUCUCGGAAGCUGGCAGAGCAGGAGCUGAUUGAGACCAGCGAGAGGGUGCAGCUGCUGCACUCCCAGAACACCAGCCUUAUCAAUCAGAAGAAGAAGAUGGAUGCAGACCUAACCCAGCUCCAGACUGAAGUGGAGGAGGCAGUGCAGGAGUGCAGGAAUGCUGAGGAGAAGGCCAAGAAGGCCAUCACAGACGCGGCCAUGAUGGCAGAGGAGCUGAAGAAGGAGCAGGACACAAGCGCCCACCUGGAGCGCAUGAAGAAGAACAUGGAGCAGACCAUUAAAGACCUGCAGCACCGGCUGGAUGAGGCAGAGCAGAUCGCCCUGAAGGGCGGCAAGAAGCAGCUACAGAAGCUGGAGGCCCGAGUGAGGGAGCUGGAGAAUGAGCUGGAGUCGGAGCAGAAGCGCAAUGCAGAGUCUAUCAAGGGCAUGAGGAAGAGUGAGCGGCGCAUCAAGGAACUCACCUACCAGACUGAGGAAGAUAAGAAGAACCUGCUGCGGCUCCAGGAUCUGGUAGACAAGCUGCAGCUGAAGGUCAAAGCCUACAAGCGCCAGGCUGAGGAGGCGGAGGAGCAGGCCAACACCAACCUGUCCAAGUUCCGGAAGGUACAGCACGAGCUGGAUGAGGCUGAGGAGCGGGCAGACAUCGCUGAGUCCCAGGUCAACAAGCUGCGAGCCAAGAGUCGUGACAUUGGUGCCAAGCAAAAAAUGCAUGAUGAAGAGUGA